AUGGCAUUUAUAACAGUUAUGGUGAUUGUGGUCUCAAACUUGUUCCUGUCCUGCUUCACGUCCAAGACGAAAGACAUUGCUAAUUUGAAGCUCAGUGAACAAAUUCCACGUACUUAUGUGAUGGCUGGCGAAAUUUUAAUGGUUCAAAUGCUACACGUCGUGGGUCCACACGAAUUUUAUGUUAUAAAGGACGAUUUAACCGAAGAAAAACGAAAGUUUUUGUCUGACCUCAAUUCGUUCUAUGGAGCACAAGAGACACAACGCCAGCAAAUGUAUUUGGCUGAACCUGGCGUGAGUUGCGCUGUAAGCAUUGCCGAUUUUUGGCAUCGAGCCCGAAUUAUAGAGGUAAAAGGAAAUGGAUCACUACUGGUACGACUUGUCGAUGAAGGGCGUACCGAGACAAUUAACUGGCGCCAAGCAUACACGCUAACUGAAAUGUUUCGACAAAAGCGAGAAUAUGCGAUUCGGUGUACAUUGGCCGACAUUGAACCAUUGCAAGAAAAUUCAUACAAUUACACAGCAACUGCAAUUUCUGACUUCAGGCAGAUGACUGUGAACCCAUGCUUGAGAAUGGAAAUUCAGAGCACAUCAGAAGAUCUUACAGGUUCUGCUCUAUGCAGUCAUUGUUUGGUGUACACCAAAUACAAUAGCACACCAACGGAUCCUCCUACCAACAAAAACUGUGAAUGGUACAGGGGCAUUGUCAUCGAAGCGAAUCACGAGCACGUUUCGGAAACAACUUAUUCGUUAUUCUCGAUCGGUGCACAGUUGGAUCGUGUGACAAAUGCAGUUUACCGUUGCCAUUUGGCCGGUAUUUGUCCCGCCGGCAAUGUCAAAACAUGGUCAAAAUCAGCUAUCGAUUGGUUUCGAUAUUCGAUCAAACAAUUUGAAUUACAAUGGGUUUCUAUGAGAGGAAAGCGCUUGGAGGAAACGAAUUCAUUACCAGUCGUAUUGUGGGGCUCCUCAACAGAUACUACGGAUCCUUUGGCACCAUGCAUUAUUAAAUUCACUAAUAUUAGCAAGAUAUUGGUCGAGAAAGGAAUUGACCUAAAAGAAGGUGAAAUAACAAUCCAAAAAUGGUUUAAAUCCCUCGAAGAUGAUAUGACUCUUAACGUUGAUGUUUAUCUUAACAAUGUCGAUGCUCAGCUAUCUACAGGAAUGGACAGGGCAUCGGUUGCGUGGACAAAGUCCAAAGAUCUUAAUAAGACCUUGUUUGCCGGUUAUCCAACAUAUGUAGACUAUGAUGGCAUUAUAUUUCUACAUGAAGCCGAUGAUAAAGAAUUCUUGACCAAAAUGAGCAAUAUAAUGUCCAAAUUGUUCGCCAAUGUUGAGGAGCCUCCCGCGGAUUAUGUCUACACCGCAGGCCAACCAUGCAUUGCAAAAUAUCACUUGGACUCCAAAAUUUACAGAGCAUAUGUAAAAAAAGAAAAGUCAAAUGACAAAGAAGAAAUCGAAGUCCGAUUCGUCGACUAUGGAGAUGUGGAAAAUGUGGUCCCAAAAGACAUUCGGCCAUACGCUCCAUUUCCAAACAUGCCAUCGCUUGCAAGCAGAUACCAACUUAUUGGAAUCCAACCCAACAACGAAAGUGGUGAAUUCUCAGUCGAUGUUCUGGAUCAAAUGCAUCUUUACAUUGUCGGAAAGUUUGUUUCGGUGCGCCUGUCACCCACAGAACUGACAAUGCCCAUCAAGAAGUGUAAUAUGCGAUUAGGCACCGUUGAUGUUGCCGCCACCUUCAUAGAAAAAGGUUGGGCAGCGGCAGAAACUCUGAUGCCAGGUUUGUCUUCGUUCAAUAACGUCGAAUAUACGAAUGAGCCGAGGAGAAAUCGUCGGAACCCCUUUUCAAAUUCCAACAGUACCGAUUAUGAGGAUUUCGACGCAAAUAAUUUGAAUGAAAACGAAUUCUGUAUAGAAAAUGAAGCUAGCAAUUGGAUGGUAUUGCCGCAAUACAAAGAGGAUAACAUUAGCAAUGUAAUCGAGCGUCUAGACAAACGCCAUGACAAUCUCCUUUCGAAAAUUACUCAAACCGGAAAUGAACACAAGAACAGUUUUGCAAUCCCUCCAACGAAGAAGCGCAUGUUCGAUCACAGUGAUUAUACACAAAUGAUGAACGGAGGAUUAUUACUUGACGUAGAUGAUUUAAGCAAUGUCAGCGGGAAUGAUCAUAAAAUGGUAUCAUUUAGCAUUGCCGAUGACGACGAUGAAGAUGUUGUUGAAAUGAGCCACAAUUUUGCCAUGAAUUAUUGGCAUUCCGCAACAGAUGAUACAAAGAGAAACGAGGAAUAUGACAUAUGCCAACAAUUGGAGCAUCGAAUCUCAUUCCAAGAAGAGGAGGACAUAGAAUCGGAAUAUGAACAUUUUUAUCCGGACGAGACUUCGACAAUUUUUACCCACUUCAGUGGAAUUGAUGUAUUCAAGACACCCCACUUUCCAGGUGCACAGCAACAGUUCAAAUGUCGAGUUAUAAAGAUAAUAUCACCUACUGUACUUCACAUAAUUCCCAUUACAACUGAUUACAAGAAACAAGAUAUUAAUAUGCAGAUUGCUAUUGGUAAAGCAGCCAAAACAGCUAGACCACUCACGAGCUUCAAGCGAUCCACGCCAUGUCUGGCAUGUUAUUCAAAAGACAAAAAGUGGUAUAGAGCCGUUAUUCGCAGUAACAACAAAAUAUCCAAAACUGUCGACGUCUUAUAUGUUGACUAUCUAAAUAGUGAAACCCUUCCUACCAAAUACAUUCGCGAGUGUCCUCCGGAAGUAUUAAGUUGGCCGCAGCGCACGCUUCGUGUUCGUUUGCAUGGUUUAAUCGCAAAUAUGAAAGUUGACGAAUCAGCCAUACGUCUAGCGUUACACAGAACUGUAUCUAAACGAGAUCUUACCGCUGUUGUCAAGAAGUAUCGAAACUGUCAAACAUCUUCGAUUGAUACAUUAUCUGCUACCAAAAAUAUAAAUGAGAUAUCUUUGUAUGAAUCUGAAUACCACCUAUCAUUACAAAUUCCCAUUUACGAACACCUUAUAAAGUCAAAUUUCUAUUCCAGAUUAUAAUAACUUAAUUAUAUGAAAUGUGUUUUAUAAUUUUAUGUUUUCCUUAGAAUGUUACUUUUUAUGCAUUGAUAAGCCUUAAUGAUAAUAUAUAAUGUUAAACAUGAAUUACUUAACAAAUACAUAAUUUAUUUUACAAACGAAUUUAAAAUAUACUCUAAUUUUAAAUUAACCUUUGAAAUAUUUCCAUUGUCAACAGGUAAUAAAUGUCGAUAGGAUAAAAUUUAAUGAUUAUCAGACUCUUUUUCUCCAAUUUAUAAGACAUAUAGGGAUAUUCUGCCUAAAAAUUUAUCUAUCUUACUCCAGAUGUUGCUGUUCUAAUUCCGGAUUGUCCAUCUUUGCAAA